AUGUCGAACCUAUACAGCCAGCUAGGCCCUCAGGGACGAGCGCUUUUACAACGAUCGGGAGCCACGUACUCCACAACGCCGGGAAGUGCCUCCCCACAAGAGUUGGAUUUUUUGAUCAACGAGUUGCGCCACCCAAAGCCCGAUUUAACCGUAAACAAGGUGUUGGGCUAUCUCUACAACUACGUACCGUAUGUGAAGCAGGAGCACAACUUAAGGGUGUUAGUGCUGGCUUUUCUCAGUUCGCCCACUUGUUUUGAUCCGCCAGCUACCUACCAGGAGAAUUUUGCCAUUGUCGACGUUGUUCGCCUUAUUUUUGAGAAAAAGCUCAAAGUAUCGCAACCCACGCUCUCAAUUAAGACAUUUUACAGAGUAUGGGAAGAGGAGAUCAAAGGAUUCGUCAACUACAACGUGUACGCCAAUUCGUGGAAGGUAUUACCGAUUAUUGCCGGGAUCGAUAUGGCGAAUAAAGUGAGAGACCAAUUGUACACUGAGCCCAACAAAUUAGAGUACGGUUGGUUUUUCAAUAAGUUUGAUCGAGGGGUGGGUAAGCUUUUCCGCAAAUGCCUCAACUACAGUCUCACCCCCGCUCUUCCCACUGAUAUCACUUAUCUUGCCAUUCUCUCGCUCGCGGUGGUAUACCAGCGAGGUGAGCCUAUCACCGAGUACACCAAACACGUGCUGCUGGACUUUGUUGUCGAGCUCGUGGUGUUAUUCUUAUUUGGCGACCGUCCCGACUCGCUUCUUGCCUACCGCCACUUCUUCGAUCUCAUUGGCCAAAGAGACACCCAGCAAGUGGAGCAGGCGGUGCAACAGCACAUCUACGCGGUGCCGGCGGUGCGGUUCAUGAACAAAUUAGCGUUUGUGCUUGAGGCGUACUUCAGCAAGUUGCCGCAUACCACGCAACUGUUCCAGCUCAUUAUGUGGCUGUUAUCCGAGAUUGAGGCGUUUAACCAGAACUUGUCGAUCGCCACUGAGAAUACCCCACGAUUCAACUCGUUGGAUGUAGCCACACGGCUGGCGGACUACAUCCCGGCGCAAUUCUGGCAAACUCUUAAACAGAUCAUGUUUACUGAAGUGAUUAUUUUCACGGGUAUCCUUACCCGCUACAUUACCAGUGGGCGCAGGAUUACCAACCCGUUCACUGCGAACCCUUACAUCAACCCGCGCAACGAACAGGUAGCGUUGCGCAUCGUCACCAACUUGUACUACCUCAAUUUCAUCCUUGAGGCCAUUGGUCUGGGCGGGUUUGACGCCUAUAACUUCGUCUACUACUUGAGUAAUGAGCUUGCCCUCAAGACCAACCAGCAGUACGUCGAUGUCACCAAAUUCAUGGUGGGGCCAAUGGGGGUGAACAUGGACCCGGCGGCGGUCAACGACAACUAUGUGAUGCAGCUGCGACUCUUGUUCACCCUUGGCCUCUGGGAAAACUACAUGAGCCAGCCCAAGUUCGACGAGCAGUUUGCCCACAAGUUUAUCUUCCCCUUCUGCUAUGACGUUGUCGCCAACCCGCAUUAUCACCUGCGCCAGCUUAUCGAAGCGGCACACUCGGUGUUAUUGAUUUUCUUUGGCAAGAGCCGCCAUCAAAAAGUCGACGACUGUAUCGACUACGUUGGCCUCAUCUAUAGCCAGCACCCGCGGUUGCUUUCGGCGACGCAGUUUUCGGUGGCGAUCGAGACGGUGGGGAAGCUGCUUUUAGAGCACCCGGUGCAGCCACGCGAUCGGGCGCUUCCUGACCUGGGGGAGGAGUUUUUAAGGUUUUUGCUCCACUUGAUCCAGCAAACCCGGCUGGACCCGUUGCAUACUCGCGACGCCACCUUUAGCGACCAGACAUUGCGGCUGGCGCAGCCGGUGGGCGAGAUCUUGGCGACGCUGACGUUGAAGCGAAUGGACGAGGACGAGGUCGACGAGCACAAUAUCGUCGAGCAGAACGACGCGCUGAAGCCGUUUGAGAAGCUAUUUGACGACGCGCUGAAGCACGUGUACGCCGAGGUCAAUGAUAAGCUCGGCCAGUACAUCCCCCGGAGAAAGCGCGCUAAACCCGAGCACCAGCCUCACCCCGCUCCUUCGGCGACAGAGUACCAGUUUACCGAGCGGGUGCACCCGAAUACAGUGCGGGAGGCGGCGGUGAAUACGAUCAUCAAUCUCGUUCCCUACAUUCCAUUGCUGCGAUUUGUGGCGUGGUUGGACGAGAUCUAUUUAGUCAUCCUCGCCCUGGAGCCGGAGGAACAGCGCUACUUGUGCAAGCUGUUGUGGGUGGUGAUAUCAGAAAACCUCGACUUGAACCGGUGCGGGCUCGCCUACCCAUGGUGGUAUGAGACGGUGAAAAUGCCGCUGACAAUGCCGUUUAUCGCCGGCGGUGCUUCUAAACUUUAA